CCCCUCGCUCCCCGCCCCGGCCCUCAUUUGGUCGCCUCCUCCGGACCCUGAGGAUGAGCAGCUCCGGCCUCCCCUUCGUCGGCCCCGCCGUCGCCCCCUCUUUCCCGCCCCGCUAUGAGAUGCUGCGGGAGGAACACGAGGUCUCUGUACUGAGCGACGGACGCGGGCCCGACCCCCGGGGGACCACCGUCAUCAACGUCCAGGCCUUCAGCCCCCCGCCCCCCGACUAUCUGCUCUGGUCCGUCUUCAACACGCUCUACAUGAACUUCUGCUGCCUCGGCUUCGUCGCCCUCAUCUUCUCCGUGAAGGCGAGAGACCGCAAAGUCCUCGGAGACGUGAGCGGGGCUCACAGCUACGGCUCCACAUCCAGGUGUCUGAACAUCACGGCCCUGAUCCUCAGCUUGGCCUUCAUCAUCCUCUUCAUCGUGCUCCUGGCCACCGGGGUCAUUGCAGUAGUUAAAGGAAUACCGUGGCAAGGGGAAUAGAGCCCGGGGCCUGGGACUCAGAAGGUCACGAGUUCUAAUCCCAGUUCCACCACUAGCCUGGUGUGUGGCCUUGAUCAAAUCACUUCAUUUCUCUGGGUCUCAGUUACUUCAUUAGGAAAUGGGGAUGGAGACUGUGAGCCCCAUGAGGGACAGGGAUUGUGUCCCAACCUCAUUUGCAAGCAUUUCCCAAAUACCAGAAAUUAUUAUUAUCAUUAGUCCACAUGGCAUCACGACCCUUGCUGCCGCCCAGCUUUUAGCCCCCAGCAGAGCCCCACCGAGCCUGGCCUUUCCCCUUCCACACCAGCCGCACCCCUCACCCCCUGGACCCCAGCUUCACUCCCCCACUCCUGUUGAUCCACGAGCGGACCGACACCCCAGAAACAGGAGGUGUGGGCGGAGAGCCUGAACCCCUGCUGACCAACGCCGCAGAAGCACAAGGUGGAGGCCGGGGGGGGGGUCUAGCCACGUCCCCCCUCCUCCUGGGCCAUCCUGGCAACGGUUAGGGGUGGUUGUGUGUGGCGGGGUGGCGUGUGGGGGUGGGUGCAGUGACACUAAUAAACUACCCUUGUUUUCUUUUUCCACCA